AUGGAAGACGGAGAACCUUCAAAUACAGGCAUGAAAGAUGGAGAAGCUUCAAAUAACCUUUCGGAAAAACUACCAAAAAAAGUCCUCGGCGAUGGUUGCUACCCCGUUGGUGCUCGGUUGAACAUAUAUUCAAAGGCCAAUGUAAUUGGCUUCCUUGUCGAGGCGUUAAAGGGUACUGAAGAUCUUGAGAAGCUACUUCAUUCCCAGUUUGGGAAGUUAUUCCAUAUACCUGUUGCAAGAUGUUGCAACAGCGCCAAACUUGUCCAUGCCCUUCUAUCACGACAACUUGUGACCACGAAGAAACACGAGAUUUGGUUCUUCUUUGGUGGACAGCCUCUGAGAUAUUCGAUACGGGAGUUCAAGGAAAUCAUUGGAUUGAAUUGCAAUCCCGAACCUGAUAGCACAGAAGAAGAAGACGAAGUCGGAAAAACAGGAAUCUGGAAAGACCUGUUCGGAAGAGCGAAGGCUAUGAACAUGUAUGAUGUGCUUGAAAUGCUAAAGGAUCCGGAUCUACCCCAGUGGAAACGGCUUCCAUUGGCCCUAAUCGUUCUUGUCGACGGUGUUCUGUUUUGCAAUAGCAAAAAUCUGGCCCUCACCAAGAAAUACGUUGAGAUGUUAAGUGACUUGGAUAGGUUCAUGCUGUAUCCAUGGGGGAGGGUAUCCUUUAACAAAACAGUAUCUCGUUUUCAAGCUCCGAAGGCAGUCACGGAUGCCGAGAAAAGGGAGAAUCCUUUGUCUGUGAAACAGAUGGUAGUGGAUGAUGGUGAGAAUGACGAACAGAAUGAAUUGCGUUGGGGAGAUGAGGUAGAGGAUGCCGAAGUUGCAUUCAUGCAGGAACUCAUGGCCGAGGGGUACAAAUUCACACCUUCGGAUUUUGCAGUGGCACCGGCACUUAUCGUGGAUAUUAGCGAUGCAGAGGACGAGGUUACCAAUGAACAGGAACCUGAGCCAUCCACCCGACCGAAAAAGAAACAGAAAACUCAUCAAACUGAAAAAUGUAAGAUGCAGAGGAAGAGAGGCAGAGGCAAGAACUCUUCUAAUCUAUCGGAAGAUGAAACACCUGAAAGUGGACAGAUUAAAGAUCUUAAAAGAUGGAUAGUACUUCAGAAUAUUUUGCUCCUUCGUGAGAUUAAGACCGAGUUGGACAAGAGAUUGGGCGUAUACCAAGAGGACGAAGAAGAUGACGAUGUACACCAGUCAAAAGAAGAUGGGGAACAGGAUGACGAAGGACAGAAUACAAAAAAAGAUGGUGAAAAAGCAGAUGAAGAUGAAGACGAAGCCGAAGAUGGAGGGGCACAGUCUAGCGUACGCCAUAAUGAUGGUGUACACCCCGAAGAUGGUGUACACCAUAAAGAAAGAGAUGAUGAAGAAGGGACCUCUACUUACUACGGCGGGGACCAUUAUUCUCCCAGGGACCAUGCGUACUUGAAGACUCCAGAAGCUCCGACAAUGACCCCUGAACCGGGAUAA